AUUGUUUCCGAGCGUUGAGCUGGGUGCCACCAUCGUUGAGCUUGAGCACACCUUCGUAAUCUCUAAGGAAACUAUACAAGGCCCUGUUCGAUCCAACCACGUUUUUUUUUCCCUCGCACUUUGGAGACAUGGAUCUUGGGCUUCCUCCUGAACAGUUUUCCUACAUGUCUUUGUUGGAAACGAUGGAGAAUGGGCUCCCAUCCGUAAGCCUCGCCGACGGCUCCAAAGGGACUGAAGAUGUGGGGAACUCUGAAGACAUAUGUUCAAACGAUUUGGUUGGACAGGAGGACUAGCUCUUCUCGGGGAUUCACAAGACACUGGGAUGUAUAGAAGAUCCAAUCGAGAUGCAGGUCUCCGCUGUUCGAAGUUUUCGAGACGACAGAAGAAGCUUAUGAGCUGUACAACAAUUUCUUCUCUUGGGAGGUUGGGUUCGGCAUCAGAUACAGCAAGAGCCGAAGGAACGUUUCUGGAUAUCAGAACAGUCAGGACAUCGUUUGCCAGCGUGCGGGCGCACACGGGAAGGAAAAUUCUACGACCUGCAGGAACGGUUGCAAAUCGAUGAUUCGGCUCCUUAGGACUGUUGAACAUGGUUGGUACGUCAGUAGGAUUGUCAAUGAUCAUUCACACCCCCUUUCUGCGAGCUAUGGCGAAAAGAAACAAUAGAAUUCGCAUAGCUACAUAGAUCCUAUGGCAAAUUAUUUCAUAAGAAACUUGAGAGAUAAUAACUGUAGUACGGGCAGGAUACACAGCAUUAUUGGUUCUCACGGUCUAGGUGGUGUUGGCUCGACUUUCAGGAAGCAGACUUUACGGUCUUUGUGCGCUAAUUAGCUACAGAGUCGAUAAACGAUGACAUGAAUAAACCAUGCAAGUUUUACAAGAACUCGCUUCUGGUGACCCAAACUUUGCCGCUAGGAUACGGUUAGAUACAGACUCUAGGGUUAAAUCUGUUAUAUGGUGUAGUGGAAAAAACAGAACAGACUACGCUUAUUUUGGUGAUGUUGUCACAUUCGACACCACAUAUAGGACCAAUCUGUAUAACAUGCCAUUCGGCUUGUUUGUUGGCGUCAACGAGCAUUUCCAAUCAACCAUAUUUGGCGGUGUUUUGCUAAGAGACGAGAAAAUACAAUCGUUUGAGUGGGCUUUCAGUACAUUCGUCGACAUCAUGAACGGCAAGAGGCCUGACACGAUGCUCACAGAUCAAUGCCAAGCUAUGGAAGCCGCCAUAAAGUAUUCACUGCCAUCAACACGACACAGGUGGUGUAAAUGGCACGUGUUACGCGUUGCGAAAGAAAAGAUCGGUCAUGUUUACAGUAAACAGUCCGGUUUCAAGAAAGAGUUCCACGACCUCGUAAUUAACGAAACAUGUCCUUCUAUAUUUGAGAGCCGCUCGAAUGAGAUAAUUGGAAAAUAUCGCCUUGGUUCGAACAGUUACUUGAAAAGGAUAUACGACAGAAGGGAGAUGUGGGCAAAGCCAUACUUUAUGUGGACAUUCUGUGCAGGAAGCACGCAACGUAGUGAAAGGGCCAACCAUCUGCUGAAAAGGUACAUCCCAAGGUCAUCUCCGAUGCAUAUCUUCGUUCGUCAAUACAACAACAUGCUUGAUUCGAGGCUUGCCGAUGAACAAGAGCAGCUGCACGCUUGUAAGCAGAAAAGACGUAUGUUGAAACACGGCGUACCAUUGGAAGUCCACGCUGCUGUCGUGUAUACUAAAGCGAUGUAUGAUAGGUUUUCUGAUGACCUGUUCAAAUCAGGCGCGUACAUGGUUUCAGAGAUGGAUGCAGGGUUGCUGUACAAAGUUAAAAUGAUGCCUUCAUUUGCCUACUCAUCAUAUGAUCUUGUCGAGCAUACUGUAAGAAUUGCUGGUGAUUCUAGAAGCAUAUGGUGUGACUGCGGAGUUUACGAGCACGUGGGCAUGCUCUGCAGCCAUUCGUUGAAGGAACGUUGAUGAAUGCACACUGGAUUUCUUGGUGUAAUAAGAUACAUCUCCGAAAACGACUUUGUUGGUGUGCAUAUCCCAAUUUUGUUAUAUUUUUUUUUCAGGUA